AUAAGUGGGCCGCAACUUAAGGUCACACUAUUAGCUGGCGUAUUUUUUUUGUCGAUGUAAACGUUUAUUAUAUUUAACAGAUAACACAUAAAGCAGCCAAUGGAUUCCAAACUAGAUAUGUUUGAGGACGUGAACACGUCGCCUUCCUUGGAGGGCGACAUGUCGAUUCCUGGCAAGAGAACCACAACUGCUACGUCUGCGAGUGGAGUGCCGGAUUACAACACCCUGGACGAGCCCAUUCGGGAGACAGUGCUGCGGGACAUCCGGGCCGUUGGCAUCAAGUUCUACCAUGUCCUGUAUCCCAAGGAAAAGUCCAGUCUACUCCGCGAUUGGGAUCUUUGGGGGCCACUGGUGCUCUGCACCUUCAUGGCCACCAUUCUGCAGGGCUCCUCCUCCGCCGACAGCAUGUCCGACAACGGACCCGAGUUCGCCCAGGUCUUCGUCAUCGUCUGGAUAGGAGCGGCUAUAGUCACACUCAACUCCAAGCUGCUGGGCGGCAAUAUCUCAUUCUUCCAAUCCGUCUGCGUGCUGGGCUACUGUCUCACGCCAGUGGCCAUCUCGCUUAUUGUGUGCCGAGUAAUUCUGCUAGCAGCCCAGACGCGCCUGCUCUUCUUUCUGCGCUUUGUGACCACCACCAUGGGCUUUGCCUGGGCCACCUACGCUUCCUUUGUUUUCCUGGGUCAGAGCCAGCCGCCUCAUCGCAAACCACUGGCUGUCUACCCCAUCUUUCUGUUCUUCUUCAUCAUCUCGUGGCUCGUCCUGUCCCACAAUUAGUGCAAUUCGUGACGCUUUGCUUAGUGAUUAGUUUGUAAAGAAAACAGUGCACGUUCCAUAGCGUAACCAAAAACAAAAAUCCGAAAUCAAUUGUACAUUUCUUUAAGCUA